ACAUCACGUGAUCAAGACGUACGUUAAACAAAACUCAGAGCCAAGUAUGGCUCUGACAAAACUAAACAGAUCUGACCGUCUCGAAAUGCAACAUACCGGUCAGCAUUAAUGUUUCCAGGUAUUUUAAACAUUUAGUACUUAUUAAAAACAUUUAAACGGUUUGCAAGUUUAUGGAGGGGCCGUAAACGAAUCGUCUUCUUUAUAAGACAUCCAGCGGUUGUUACAUUUGUUUGGAAUUAAAACAUGCUAAUAAUGGAUUUGUGGAUGUCAUACUUCGACUAGCUCAAGUUUAGCUCAAAUCUUCCGCCUCAGCCAUCGCGAUCAUGGCGCUAAACCACGGCUACUCCAUUAACUCGAGCGCAGACGACCAGGACAGUGACACUGCACCACUUUUAGAAAGAGAAGUGAAGAGAAAUACCACAGUGCCCCCCAAAUGCUGCUCAGUGCGAUGCAAUCUGGCUGCUAUGAUGUUCUUUGGCUUUGCUGUGGUUUAUGGUCUGCGUGUAAAUCUCAGUGUUGCCAUGGUUGCUAUGGUAAAUGGUACCAAUGACCAGCCGUCAUCCAAAAGCAAUGUAUCAAACGAGUGUCCAGGACCCUCCCAUACACUUGACAACAACAGCCAAAGCUCAGAACAGCCAGGGAUUCCAAGAUACCCAUGGAGUCCCGAAACACAGGGAAUGCUGCUUGGUGCGUUCUUCUUUGGAUACCUGUUUACUCAGGUCCCGGGUGGAUACCUGUCAGGUCGUUUUGGGGGAAGCCUCUUCCUGGGUGGUGGUGUUCUUGGAACGGCCGUCCUCACUCUCCUCACUCCACUGUCAGCUCAGCUCGGGGACAAGUGGCUGUUCGCCCUGCGUGCCCUCGAGGGAUUCGGGGAGGGUGUGACGUUUCCGGCCAUGAUGGCGAUGUGGGCCCGCUGGGCUCCUCCGUUAGAGAGGGCUCGUCUCAUGACGUUCUCCGGGGCAGGGUCGAGCUUCGGUGCCUUCGUGGCUCUUCCUCUCACUGGCCUCAUCUGCCAUAGUCUGGGAUGGCCUGCAGUCUUCUACUCCUGCGGUGCUGCAGGGUGUCUUUGGGCAGUGAUUUGGUUUCUCCUGGUAUCGGAUGAACCCCGAACUCACCCAAGAAUUAGUGACAGAGAGAAAGAUUACAUAGUUACCUCAAUUGGUUCACAGGGGACUCCUCAUGGUUGGUCAGUGCCUUUAGUGCCUAUGCUGUUCUCUGUGCCUCUUUGGGCCAUAAUCAUCUCACAGAUGUGCUCCAACUGGUCUUAUUACACUCUCCUCACUUCACUUCCCAUCUACAUGGACACUGUGCUCCACUUUGAUUUGCAACAGAACUCGUUCCUCUCUGCUCUGCCGUAUCUGUUUGGCUGGCUGUUCUCAGUGGGCUCGGGUGUGCUGGCAGAUGAGCUGCUGGAGAGAGAGCUCCUGAGUGUCACCGCCAUACGCAAGAUAUUCACUUUCAUUGGUCUGUUUCUUCCCGCUGUUUUCCUGCUGGCGGUGGGCUUCUCGGGCUGUAGUGCUGUGAUGGCCGUGACGUUUCUGACUGUGUCCAGUGCGUUUGGGGGUUUCAGUGCUGCUGGCGUCUUCCUUAACCAGAUUGAUAUUGCUCCACGGUACGCGGGAAUGCUUCUAGGAAUCACAAACACUUUUGGGACCAUCCCUGGUGUUCUUGCACCAAUAGUAGUGGGUUACUUGACCAAAGAUCACUCAGUUACAGGAUGGAGGCAUGUGUUCUGGUUGUCUGCUGGAGUGAGCGCCUUCGGAGCCAUCUUUUACGUCAUCUUUGGCACUGGAAAGAUUCAGAGCUGGGCAAGGACAGAUGAGGAAUCAGACACAGAUACACACAAUUAAACAUUCCAGUUGACCAAUUCACAGGGAUAUUACAGAUAUGUUCAGAGGGAUAUGUUAUCAGUCAAAAGUUUGGACACACUUUGCUUUGUUUUUCAUGCUCUUAAAAAAAAACACACAUUGUUACACACUUUAUUUUACAGUGUCAUUAUGUAUAUAUAUAUAUAUAUAUAUAUAUAUAUAUAUAUAUAUUCUUUUAAAUGAACCAGAUAGUAUUUUUUAGGCCACUACAUAAUUUCCAUACUUUAAAAAAACUUUUAAAAAAAAUGUCUGUCCAAACUUUUGACUCUGAUAUUAAUUAUUUUUCACUCAGGGUUUUUUAAGGGAAAACCGGAAGUGCCUUAACAACAAAAAGUUUCUGUUUAUUAUUCUGGCAAUAUUUUACACGUUGAGUUAAUCAUGAUUGAAGGAUGGAAUUGAAUGGAAUAAUUUCGUUUCAUAAUUCUAUUACUUUUGCUAAGUGUAAUAUGUGUUACGUUGGUGAAAUGUACAAAUCUAGAGGUUUCAACCAUAUUUUAUUGCAAUUGAAAAUACUUAUUAAUAAGCACUUUAAUGCAUCAAUAAUGAAAAUACUUGACUCUUUUUGGUACCAGUUCUUUUCAGGCCAUUUUAAUCUUGUUAAUGAAGGAACUACUCUAUUCAUUGUGACAGUUUAGCUCUGGUUGCUAUCUAACAUUUUCAUGAAAACCAUGGUCUUUCCGUUUUACUUACAGAUAGUGUUCAUAUUUACUGGAAUAAUCCAGACGGAAAUUAUUGUUUCAUUAUUGUUUGAAACUUGCCUUUUCAAAGGUUUACAAAGUUACAAAGUCAUAUUAAGUUUAAUUUAAUGUUUAUUUUAAGCACUUAAUUUGUCUCUGUUUGAGUCACAAUGCCAACGACAUGAAUAUCUCAUUGUUUAGUAUUUUAGUUUAAUUUUUUAAAUUAUAAAUAUUUCUGUACAAUAAAUGCAAUGCGAUGUUUACAGUGCAGAUUUAGGGUCAUGAUUUAGAGAUCACUAAUCAAAUAUGUGCAUUCCUAUGUGCGAUAACCCCACAUAAUUUUAAUUGCUACACUGAUAUAUGAUAAAAGAUAUAUGAUAGAUGAACCAAUAGACCCAACCACAUUCUAAUUAAAGGGCUAGUUCACCCAAAAUGAUGUCAUCAUUUUCUCACUCUAUUUUGUUGCACACAAAAGUCUCUCUUGUUACCAAAAUUCUUCAAAAUAUAAUAUUUUUUGUUCGACAGAAGAAAUAAACUAAUACAGGGUUGGAACAAACUGAACUAUCCCCUUUAACUGACGCUGUGCAGUGACUGCCAGCAGGUGGCGCAUCCCAUCGCUGAUAAAUGGCUAGAUCAUAAGAAUGUCGCAAAUUUUACAGCAGAUAGAACUGAGUGUUUAAAUGCUAUAUGUAUUCAAAAUGUGUAAGCCUAUAACUAAAACGGUUGAUGAGUAACAAUACCAGAAAUAUGCACAGUGACACUGCCUCCGGUGUUUACAUUUACGGUUACAUCAGCACAGUUGAGUAAACGACCCGGAUGUGCUUUGCUGAAUGCGGCAAGAUCUCACGUGAUUGCUUAUUUACAUCAGUCGUGACCCUGAUGUAAGCGUGAAGAAUGUAAUGUAGCCUGACUGGAUAGUUUCAUUGAUAUAGGGCGAAUUUUGAUGUGAUGUAUGCAUUUUAUCAACAAGAGAGCGGGAUAUCCUUACUAUUUUAGGCUAGUCUUUUUUUAAUGUACCCUAUGUAAAAGCACGUAUAUUCCUUAUUUCCAAAAUUUGUGUUUAAAUAAAUGAUUUGGUGGACAAAACUAAACCUGG